CGCCAUCUCUAUACCCCAUCCAUUCUCCAUUAUCUACUUACCGUUUACCUCGAUUUGAGUUUAGAUACCCAGAGGCCUGCCAAUAUGCAGCAGCUUUCCCAGCUUGUAGCUUUCGCCAUGCUGGCCACUUCAGCUCUGGCCGGUCCUCUCCAGCCGAGAGAGAGCGAUAACCACUGCUUUACGAACGAGGAUACCGCCUGGUGGAGGCCCCCGGGAGACGUCCAGACUCGUCCCACAGACACCGUUCGCGACAUUUGCAGCUGGGGUGGCUCUGGUGGAUGCCAAUAUGGCUAUGGACAUCUAUGCGUUCUUGGCGAUCUCAACUAUUGCGGCGGGCUCAUCUCGGCUCUCGAGUCUUACCAGAACUUCACGGAUGACCGCUGGGAAUUCCCUUCCGUCAUUCAGUGCGGCCAUAUUGCGCUCAGUGUUGCUAGCUUCCCAUGAUACUUAUAUCUGACAUAGCCUGUCUAUUCCAAGCGCAGGCCACUGUUGAAUUGAAAUUACUUGCUUUGGACAUGAAUUACAUCCGCGUCAAGGGACUGAAAUCUCCUUUUGCUCAACCAGAUAUUGGUAACAUCGAUCCUUUUACUUGUACCCAAUCGAGGUAGUCGCUCUUCAGUCUUGGCACGGAUAGCGCUCCAAGAAAAUAUAUACACCGGACGAGCCAGAUGCCAGACUCUGUCUUUACCUGACUGUACCUUAGUAUGCAACAAACUCAAAGGCAAAUACAAUCGCCGAGAUGAUUAGUGAAUGGAUUGGAAUAGCCAUCGAUUUAUCAAAUGACGGAUCUUCAUAGUCGUUGACAAUUGCCAUACUCUUGUUCU